GGUGUGUGUUGAAAGAGGAAGCACAUGCUGUCUUCUUAGGGCUCUACUUUUCUGUGCACAUCAAAUCUGUUGCAUUAAUAAAAGAAAGCUUGUUUCGCGAACUGAAAGCAUACAGCUACGCAUUAAUAAAUCGAUGCAAUGCAUGCAAUUUAGACAAUGCAAUUAGACAUUAGUAUGAUGUGGCAUGCAGGUAAUCCAUUCUUGUCAUGGGCUUGAGCUGCUGUUGUCCCCGGAUUGAACUGUCAUGGCUGCCGUGCGCUGUUGACUGAUUCUGGUUGGACGAGAGGCGGAAAAGCGCUGGCUCUGUACAUCCAGUAUGAAUGGGGUCAGUGCCAACCCUGACGCUCAGGUUGGGAAUGAAAAGAGAGGCAUUUGGCAUAAACGCCUGCGUCUCAGGAGGACCUCUUUUUCAUUCCCUACUGAACGAAACACUGUGAAACAGGAGAAGAAUGUCACGGCAUGUGGAUGGAAAGUAACAGAGAAGUCCAAGAAAUGGCCUCGACGUCUUAAUGCGGCGAACACCUUCACCUGCUCCUCGUGCAACGACGGCGUCUCCUUCAGACCCGGCGAAUUAACAAUGCAUUUUAAGAUCGCCCACGGAGGCGAAGGAAGCCCACCGAUGUUUCCAUGCAACAUGUGCGGUUUCUCCACGCCAGAGUUCACUACGCUUCAGCAGCACCGAAUGCAGCACGAGGAUUGUUUGUUCGCUUGUGAGAUUUGUGAUGACGACGUCCAGCGAACGCUUCCCCAACUGAUCAAACAUUGUCAAACUCACCAUGCUCUAAACGGUCAAUACCACUGUCCGAAGUGCAAACUCUCCAUCCAGGAGAUUGAGCAGUUUGUGUGUCACUCGUGUUGCAUUACUAAUGGCAAUGCACAGAAAAACGAUCUCUUACAGCACAUGGCCGCUGCGUGCCGUCAAAGGUGGAGCCGCAGAAAUUGGUGGAGAAAGCGGGCACACGUCAAGCAAGACAAUAACCUGUCCCAAGAGUUAAAGUUCUUACUUCCAAAACCAGAACCCCAGUGGACGUCCCCAUUGCUUCCGUUCUCCACACCCGGUCUACUGGACGACCACGGCGUCUUGCUGGAUCCAGAGAAGACCUUAGCGGAAACGCAGCAGUUUCUCGAGAGGACCGUUUGUAGUGGUCGAAACUGGCCUGCGUCUCUCAGAUGCGAGCAAGCGGCGACAACACCCCAUCCGUCACAAACGAACCCGAAGCGAUGUGCCACGCCACACACUGGGAAAGAUAAGCUAAGCGGACUCAUGGAGAAGAACCAUAUAUCCGUUCCCCCGGAUUGCACUACAAAGGUGGUCGGGUUCAAGACGAUGGACGGCAAAAAGCAUUUAGUUCUCAAAGUCAUUCCUUCAAACAAGCGAGACGUUUCGAAGGAUGCUCACACUGUGAAACCUGCCAAUCGGCAAGAAGAAUCCAAUGAUACUUCAACCGCUAAUGCCUCAGGAAACCAUUCUCAGGUGACUUCUAGAAGGUCUUCGUCCCAAAGAAAGAAGCAGGGACGAUGUGUAGCUCAGCGGGACUUUUUGUCUUCGGUGGUUGAGAGGAUACAAAGCCAACAAACCGAUGGAUGCAACAAUCAGGAACAUGCACCCAACCGUAAUUCACAUAUUCAAAGUCCCCGUGCAAAAAGAGCAAAAGACUGCCAAGACAAAGCUCUCAGUGAAUCCGAGGAAAACUUGACCGCAUGCCAAGGAGAUUCAGGAUGCCAUAGUGAUCUGACCUCGGAUACAGGUUCUUCGGAAGAAAGGUGUAGUUCACGACUCCUUACAACUGUGUUUGACGAAGAACACAGUCUUGCACUAGAUUCAAACUGCGUUCACCAUCAGCCGAACACAUGCUCCAUCUCUGGGUUUGAUUGCGUGAGUCCGUCCUCUAGAUCUCCCCUGAAGGAUUGGACUGAGUCUUUGUGUCAGAGUGAAGCCGGGGGCCUGUUAUUCCAUGGCAAUGCUGACGAAUGCACAAACAACAAGGACCCCAGAGAUUCUGUGGUCCCAGUAGAAAGCCGCAGCGCUCCAGACCUGCUUCACACAGUGGUUGAGCUGCCUUUAACAACAGCCAUCCAUUUACUGGAUCGGACGUUAUCUCCACACAGCAGCUCUGAUGAACGUCUGAAAGAUUUAACAUGCGCUGGAGGUACAAGCCAGCGAUCUGAUCCGGUCAGAGCCAGCAUCUUCUCUCUCCUGCCUGAUGAUUCAAACUCUUCCACAUCUGUACCAGCAUCAGCCUCUGGAUCCAGCGAGUCAGUCGGCCCGAGUCAGGCAUCGCUGAACAGAAAGCGCAUGGGAGAAACGUCCUCGGCUGUCUCUCCCAUCACUAAAUCCCUGAAGCAGUCAGAAGACAUCAGCGCCUCCGUCCUCUUCUGGGAGCCGGUGCCUCGAGACGCUCCGGCGACCCUUCGACUGAUUCCCUACAGCUCCUCGCAAUCCGUUAAAAUCCCACGCGACAACCAGCCGGUCAUCGUUCUCAACCAUCCCGACACCGAUAUCCCCGAGGUCACAAACAUCAUGAAAGCCGUUCACAAGCACAAAGGAAAUGUGCAGCGCGUCGUACUUUCUCGUAAAACUGUCCGAGCUCUUUCCGAGUCUAACUGCGACGCCUUUCGCCAUAAUCUCGACGCCAGUUGCCACACGUCCCACCGCAGGAGAGAAUGGCCAAACGGGACAGUUAAAGAACGGUUCAGCCUGAAACUGAGGCUCAGAAGAGUGUGUGGAAGAAAGUACACUGUAGUACCAACAGUGUCGGAGAGCAUCGUGCUGCAGCCGACGUUUAGAUGCUGGUUCUGCGGGCGGCUUUUCACAAACCAGGAAGCCUGGGUGGGACACGGACAAAGACAUCUAACGGAAGCAACCAGAGGCUGGAACCAGCUCUUCAACAGAUAGAAAUGCAUUGAUCAUGCUGUGAAGAAUCAGGGUUACUGUGCACAUCUCAGGGUGAGAAAAAUACAGCAC